AAUCCGUCCGAUGGACUUUACCUAACCCACUUCCGUCCCGCUCCGUCCCCGUUAUAUAUAUAUAUACACACUCCAGUAAAGCGCUAACUAGAUCUACUCUCUCUAAUCUCUAUCAGCCAUUCAGUCGCCCGCCUCCAUACUGGGUGUCGACUGCUCAACGUUAAAAUCAGACCUCCCUCCAGGCGUCGGCUGCCCAACGUCGACAAAGCCUCUGCUGUUCCUCAACGCCGGCACAGCCUCACAGGUCACUGAGACAUCAAUAUGGAAGAAGGCCAACUUGUGAGAAUAUGAUUCUGUCAUUGGGUACUACAACUUUCCCUUCAACAAAACUGCCUCCAGUUUCAGUUGCUGCCCCAACUUUUAGCAGCAGCAUCAUUCUUUUCAAAGUAAACAGUUAUUCAAGGGAUACACGAUUUCAUUUUUGUGAUGUUGGGAUACAUCCACAACCAAAAGGAUGGAUUCAUGCUGUAGUUUCUUCCUUUCCAAACCACCAAGGAAUUUGGGAAGAUCCUGAUGAUGGUAGUGGAAGUGAAUAUGAAUAUGAAGAUGAAGAUGAAGAUGAAGAUGAGGAAGUGGAAGAAAAUGAUUUGGAUUUUGAGAGUGACUGGGAAGCAGAAAGAGAUGCUGCNUGGGAAGAUCCUGAUGAUGGUAGUGGAAGUGAAUAUGAAUAUGAAGAUGAAGAUGAGGAAGUGGAAGAAAAUGAUUUGGAUUUUGAGAGUGACUGGGAAGCAGAAAGAGAUGCUGCAGCUACUAGCAGUGUUGAUCAGUUGUCGACAAGCAAGUAUGAUGAGGAUCUUGUGACAGAGGUUGAACAGCUUUUGGGACCAGAAGAAAGAGAAAUUUUGAAACAGAAUGAAACUCCUAACCUGGAGAAAAUAUCAACUGUCAAAUGGAACCACCUCCAUAGUCUUGGGAUGGCAGGGCAGAUACAUUUCAUGGACAAGCUUCUUGAAAAUGGGGUUGAUGUUGACCUUGUUGAUAAGGAUGGUUUGACCACUCUUCAUAAAGCAAUUAUAGGCAAAAAGGAGGCAGUCAUCAGUCACCUUUUAAGAAAAAGUGCAAGUCCUCACGUCAGAGAUCUGGAUGGUGCUACUCCACUUCAUUAUGCAGUUCAAGUGGGUGCCAGGCAAACUGUGAAGUUAUUGAUCAAAUACAAGGUCAAUGUGAAUGUUGCUGAUAAUGAAGGUUGGACUCCAUUGCAUGUCGCCAUACAAAGUAGAAAUAGAGACAUAGCAAAAAUUUUGUUGGUUAAUGGGGCAGACAAGACCAGAAGGAAUAAGGAUGGGAAAACACCUCUCGACCUAAGCUUAUGUUACGGGAAGGAUUUCAAGUCUUAUGACCUUGCCAAGUUACUGAAGCUCGUACCAGCUAACAGAGAUCAGUGA